AUGGGAAGCUGCAUUUCAACGCAAGGCGUGAGGACACGCAAGAGGACGAAGCAUGCCAGCAAGCCCUCGUCGCCGCAAGGGCAUGGGCCCACGCGGAGGUCGAGCGUGGUGGUGCGUAGGUCGAGCGUUACGGCUCGUCCGGUGAACGUGGUGGCGAACCCGAGUCCGGGGAACAUAUUCGAUAAUUACCAGUUCGGGAAGGAGCUGGGGCGCGGCGAGUUCGGCGUGACGCAUCGCGUGGUGGAUUUGGUGACUGGCGAAGCGUUUGCGUGCAAGAAGAUCGCGAAGACGAAGCUGAGGACGGAGAUUGACGUGGAAGAUGUGAGGAGAGAGGUGCAGAUCAUGAGGCACUUGCCUCGGCACCCCAACAUUGUGGCCUUCAAGGAGGCUUAUGAGGACAGAGACGCUGUUUACCUCGUCAUGGAACUUUGUGAAGGUGGCGAACUCUUUGAUAGGAUCGUUGCUAAGGGCCAUUAUACCGAGCGUGCUGCUGCUAAUGUUGCCAAGACCAUACUUGAAGUUUGCAAGAUGUGUCAUGAGCACGGAGUAAUACACAGGGACUUGAAACCUGAAAAUUUCUUAUUUGCAGAUGCAAGCGAGACUGCUGCAUUGAAGUCAAUUGAUUUUGGCCUUUCCACCUUCUAUGUGCCUGGUGAAAGAUUCAAUGAAAUUGUUGGAAGUCCUUAUUACAUGGCUCCCGAGGUUUUAAGACGUAACUAUUCCCAAGAAAUUGAUGUCUGGAGCACAGGGGUGAUUCUUUAUAUUUUACUUUGUGGAGUUCCACCCUUUUGGGCAGAAUCCGAGGAAGGGAUUGCUCAGGCCAUCAUUAAGGGUAAAGUAGAUUUCACCAGAGAUCCUUGGCCUAAAGUUUCUGAUGAAGCAAAACAUCUGGUUAAGCGCAUGCUUGAUUCAAAUCCAUCGACCCGGAUAACAGUUCAAGAAGUUCUUGAUCAUCCCUGGAUACAAAAUAGGGAGCAUAGUCGACCUAUUUCUCUUGGAGACCAAGUGAGAAUGAGGAUCAAGCAGUUCUCCUUGAUGAACAGAUUCAAAAGAAAGGUUCUUAGAGUGGUAGCCGAUAACCUGUCAGAUGAGCAAAUUGCCACGUUUAAGAAAAUGUUCGAUAUGAUGGAUAAGGACAAAAAUGGAAACUUGUCAUUUGAAGAGCUCAAAGAUGGCCUUUCAAUGAUUGGACACCCCAUUCCUGACCCUGAUGUCCAAAUGUUAAUGGAAGCUGCAGAUAUUGACGGAAACGGCACCCUCAACUAUGAUGAGUUCAUCACAAUGAGUGUUCAUAUGAAAAAGAUCGAAGGUGAUGAGAAUCUCUCUGAAGCAUUCCGUUACUUUGACAAGAAUCAGACCGGAUAUGUUGAGUUUGAGGAGUUGAAAGAUGCCUUAUCAGAUGAUGAUUUGGAAGUCAUGGACGACCAAGUGAUCAAAGACAUUCUAAAUGAUGUUGACUUGGAUAAGGAUGGUCGAAUCAGUUUUCAGGAGUUUAAGGCAAUGAUGAAGACAGGAGGAGAUUGGAAAAUGGCCUCGCGCCAGUAUUCAAGAGCAUUGCUGAAUGCAUUAAGCUUCAAGAUGUUCAAAGACACAUAA